GGCAUCUAUGGGGGCAACAGAAGUGCCCUGAACUGUAACAAAAGCCAUCGGUCUGCAGUCUCCAUUCCAUGUAUUGAAAAGCCGCAGUCUGUUCUGUCACUCCUAAACAUCAGCAACUACGACUUUAUCAUCGACUUCACCGUCCUGAACAUAUUCUUCAUCCUCCUUCGAAUUCUGUGUUUUGUCGUACUCUACGCAAAGGCCAAGUCCAGCACCUAG